AUGUAUCCCACCCCACAUGCCGCUAACCGCAUACGGAAAUUCUGCUCUGCACGUCAACAACACCCUCCAACCAAAAGAGCAGCCAUGCCACACCUGCGCAGGCAACCGCACCCGCGCGACCUGGUCCCAAACCAAGACCCAAACACCACGCCCGAUCUCCGCGCACAAUACCAAACUCCGCCGACGCGCCAUCCAAAUCCCGCCCACCCAUCAACCGGUCCAGAUGUCUUCACACCCGAAGCUGCCCAAGCGGGACAUCCAGCAGCUCCAAUAAACCCCUUCGCAAUCUUCGGAAGACCGCGGGCCGAGCCCCAGCCUCAGAUGAUGGACGACGAUUUCGACGACGAGUACGACGACGACCCGCGCGCGGGCGCCGAGUUCGAUGAUAACGAUGCACCGAGCCCGGACGAUUCAUUCGACGUGGAACAAACCACAGAAGGACAAUUCGAUGACUCAGACCUUGAUCCCGAGCAGCUAGAAGAACACGAAGAGGUCUUCGACGAAGACGGCGACGAGGAAAUGCAAGAUCGAGAGAAAUCAGCCUCACCACUCCCACCGAAUCUCCGAGAAAUCUCAUCUCUUGCCUCAUGGACAGUCUCAACCUCCAAACCAGGCUGCGGCGUCGCGGCCCUCCGCAACCCCCCCCCAUCCCAAUACUGGCAAUCCGACGGCCCCCAGCCGCACACCCUCACACUACACUUCUUCAAACUAGUAGCCGUCGUGCGCGUACGCGUCUAUCUAGAUUUCGAACUCGACGAAAGCUACACGCCUACGAAGAUGAUAUUCGCCGCAGGGAUGGGCGGCAAUGACCUCGUGGAGUUCGCGACGUGGGAAGGCGAAGCACCAUGCGGCUGGGUGGAUAUUCCACUCGAAGGCGUGGGCGGCCGGAACGGCGGAUGGGUACGCCAUGAACCGAAGCGGCGCUCUGCGCAGAAUGCCCAGAACUGCGGUGAUCCUGAGCAUGAGCAUGAUGAGCACUGUGGUGCUGAUGAGCCGGAGAGCGACGGGGAUGAUCCCUACUCCGGGAAUGUGCUUAAGGCUAUGGUCAUCCAGAUGCGGAUUAUGGAGAAUCACCAGAAUGGAAAGGAUACGCAUGUUCGUGGGUUCCAGGUUUUUGCGUGCGAUGAUAGUCGGCGCAAGGUUGGGGCUGGGCCUUCUGCUUCGGCUGAUGCGAGGCGGAGGAGGCCUUCGAGGGGGGCUCAUGAUUUGAGGGGGAGGACGGUCAGUGAGGAUGUUGAGGAUGGGUUUGAUACUGGGUUGGAUGAGCCGGAGUGGAUGGGGGAGCCUGUUAUUCGAUGA